AUGGCCAAGCGAAGCAGAGCAGUGAAAGAGGUGUCUUCAAAAGAGCCUGAGACUGUGAAAUCAGCUCGACAAAUUGAUGACUUUGAUUCCAGCGAUGAAGAGGGUCCGAGAAACACGGUGGGUAACAUCCCGUUGUCUUGGUAUGCUGAUUGCAUCCAUAUCGGGUAUGACAGGGACGGAAAUCAAAUAAUGAAGAAACCUAAAAAAGAUGAGAUAGACCUUUUCCUUGAAAAAGUUGAAGACCCUGACUACUGGAGGAAAGUUUUUGAUCGCGAUACAGGAGAAUAUGUUAAACUUAAUGAUGAACAAGUGGAGCAGUUGUUGUCAAUAGGAUCUUUCAAGUAUGCUCCUGGUUACGAUCCAUAUGAACCGUUUUAUGAAAUUUUCUCCUCACAGACCGAAAUACAUCCCAUGUCGAAUCGUCCCCUUUCGAAAAGUUCAUUUCUUCCAUCGAAGAGUGAAGCAAAACUCGUCGAUAGAAUGGUGUACUCUAUCAAGAUGGGUUGGAUGAAACCGAAAGUGGCAAAGUCAGAGAAGAAACAGGUUUCUGACAUCUGGGCAGAGGAAAGCGAGGGUCCCAAGACAAAGAGCGAAUUAGCAAGACUACGAAUGCAUUUUGCUGCUCCAAAGGUCGGUCUGCCAGGACAUGCUGAAAGCUACAACCCUCCUGCUGAAUAUCUUUUUGAUGAGGAUGAGUUAAGGAAGUAUGAGGAGACUGAACCCGAAGAUCGUCGCAUUAAUUUUAUUCCUCAAAAAUACGAUUGCUAUCGUAAAGUACCUAGUUAUGACAGGUUUUAUAACGAAAGAUUCGAUAGGUGUCUUGACUUAUAUCUGGCUCCACGAAAACAAAAGAUAAAGUUGAAUGUUGAUCCAUCUGAGCUUUUACCGAAAUUACCGGAUCCUCAAGAUCUAAGGCCUUUUCCUACUACGUUGGCAUUCUACAUGCGUGGUCAUAAAGGACAGGUGCGAAGUCUGUCUUUUGAACCUUCAUGCGGCGAACUUCUUGCAUCUGGUGGGGAAGAUUGCACUUUACGUAUAUGGUCUGUAUCCUCAGGACGGUGUAUUAUAUACUUCGACAGUAGUGUUAAUUGCGUAGCUUACGGACCAAAUAAGGAGCGGACGUUAAUUGCUGUGACAGUUGAGGCAAAGAAAAUUUUCCUAGUUAAUGCUGGCGAAGGUGACAAAAGUUGUGUUAGAAAUACUCAGCGAUUUCUUGAUGAACUUGACGUUGAACAAAGUGCUGUUUAUGGUAUUUUAUUUCAGGCAGCAAAACAGGUAAUCUGGCAUGCAAACGGAAAUUAUUUUGCCACUUUUGCUCCUGAAUGUGGUUCUAAUGCUGUUUGUAUUCAUCACGUUCCUACGUGCAAAUCUCAAGCUCCAUUUGCUAGAAUAAAGGGUGUGGUGACAGGCGUUAUGUUUCAUCCCACCCUACCACACUUUUUCGUGUCUACCCGUCAAUAUGUUCGGAUAUAUGAUUUAAAGAAGUGUCAGCUUGUCAAAAAAGUUAUGACUGGUUCACGGUGGCUCAGCUGUAUGACUAUAGAUAUUUAUGGUGCCAAUUUAUUCCUUGGAGGAUUAGAUCGAGUUUUUUCUUGGGUGGACCUAGACUUGUCUAAUAAGCCGUGGAAAAGCUUCCGACAUCAUCGAGCUGCAGUCAGAUCAAUAGCUCGACACCAAAAGUAUCCACUGCUUGCAACUGCUUCGGAUGACUGUUCGGUACUUGUAUAUUAUGCUCGAGUAACCACAGAUCUUCAAAAAGAUAACGAACUAGUACCAGUUAAACGCUUAAUAGGACAUAACUCCAUAAACGGUUUGUCAGUGCUUAGCGUAGUAUUUCAUCCGUCACAGCCAUGGUUGGUUACUGCAGGUGCUGAUGGCUUGGUGGCUUUGUUCAGUUACUAG